GAAAUUGUGGUGAAAUGGUUUGAGGUUGAUGACGAUUAUGAUCUGCUGACGGACCUGGUUACGGAAGUCAAUGAGAAAAAGUACUUGUUUGUGUCCAAGGAUUCGAUCGAUGUGAUUAUCAUGUGCCUAUUUCAUAUCAAGACGAAUUUAAUCGAAGUUAGAGAAAAGAAACGAUUGGGAAUACCCGAUCUUAGCCAAAGAACUCAAAAUUUUAUUAACAAAUCCCGAGCGUGCCAAGGUAAAAUCGAUGAUUUUAUUGAGAACAUAAAAUCCCAAAGAGCUGAGUUUAAUAGCAGUGAAUCAUCGACGGAAGAAAUAAAUGAUAAAGAUCGAAAAGAAACGAAUGAAGGUGUCAAAAAAGCUGGCCUCAUUGGUUAUAAAUUUAAUACUGUUGGCGUAAGUGAUGCUAUUAGCAUGGGUACAAUAGGAAUGAGAUAUUCCCUUCAAAGUAGAGAUCUUAUAGCAGAUUCUACAGAGACGAUGAUGGGUGGACAAUGGUAUGACGCCAACAUUUCUUUACCAGGCUGUGAUAAAAAUAUGCCUGAAUGUUUAAUUGCGAUGGGGCGUCAUAAUCGUCCCUCUUUAAUGGUUUACGGUGGUACUAUUCGUCCUGGUCGAUCUUCAUGCAGUAAAGACGUCCUAGAUAUUAUAUCGGUUUUUCAGUCUUAUGACUCCUAUAUUGCUGGAUCUAUUUCUGAAGAUAAACGUUAUGAUAUUGUGAGAAAUUCUUGUCCCGGUCCUGGUGCUUGUGGUGGAAUGUACACAGCCAAUACCAUGGCAUCCGCAAUUGAGACAUUGGGAAUGACUUUACCUUAUAGUUCUUCAAUUCCUGCAGAAUAUCCUGAAAAACAAGAAGAAUGCUUAAAUGCAGGUGAAGCGAUACGUAAUCUACUCGAACAAGAUAUCAAACCACGAGAUAUUAUGACUAGAAAAGCAUUUGAAAAUGCCAUGGUUAUUACAAUGAUUUUGGGUGGUUCAACAAAUGCUGUUUUACAUUUAAUUGCUAUUGCAAAAUCUGUUGGAAUAGAGUUGACGUUGGAAGAUUUUCAAAAAGUUAGUGAUUCUACUCCAUUUUUAGCAGAUUUAAAGCCUAGCGGGAAAUAUGUUAUGGAAGAUCUUUAUAAAAUCGGCGGUGUACCAGCUGUCCUGAAAUAUCUUUUAGAAAACAACCUAAUACAUGGGGAUACGUUAACCGUAACUGGAAAAACGUUAGCAGAAAAUCUUUCAAAUGUUCCGUCACUUUCAUUUGAAACUCAAGAUAUAAUCCAUCCAUUAUCAAAUCCAAUCAAACCAACAGGUCAUAUACAAAUAUUAUAUGGUAAUCUGGCACCAGAAGGAUCUGUGGCAAAAAUUACUGGAAAGGAAGGAUUGGUGUUUUCUGGAAUUGCCAAAGUUUUUGAUAGUGAAGUGGAUAUGUUGAAAGCUUUCGAACAAGGUGAAAUUAAGAAAGGGCAAGUUAUUAUUAUUAGGUAUGAAGGACCUAAAGGUGGUCCUGGAAUGCCUGAAAUUGCUAUAAUGGAUGCAGGACUUAGAAAAGAUGUUGCCUUAUUAACUGAUGGAAAAUUUUCUGGUCACGUAACACCCGAAGCCCAGUUGGGAGGGCCGAUUGCAUUAGUCAAAGAUGGAGAUCGAAUUACUAUAGAUGCAAAUAAAAGAUCAAUUAAUCUUGAUAUUACUGAUGAUGAAUUUUCGAAACGACGACAGCAAUGGAGUGCACCACCCUAUAGGGCUACAAAUGGUACUUUAUAUAAAUAUAUUAAAAAUGUUAAGUCUGCUAGUGAAGG